AUGAAGCGCGUCGCGGGCAUAGCUCUUCUGGUCGGACUGCCCAUCUGUCUUGCCAAGAACGAGCCAGAGUCAGAGCCUGCCUCUGUGGAAGUUGAUGUUGGCUGGUACGGGAAUGACGGAACUUGGAGUGCCGUAAACAUAUGGGUCGGGUCAGAAUUGAAAACAGUCUCUCUUUUCCCAAGUACCGUGGACACCGACACAUGGACCGUUGGAGCAAGUGGCUGCCAGAACUCUUCAGUAGUAGACUGUUCUGAAAAGCGAGGUGGCCUUUUUGACACCAGCAAGUCGACUACAUGGCAACCUCAAGGUUCACAUCCUGGUUCGGGGGAUCCUUCAAUCGAGGCAUACUAUGGUAAUGAUACUAUAUGGGUAGGCUAUAGACCGGUUACCGAGCAAAGGAUCAGGAUUCUAAAUGACACCGACACAUGGAUCGGGUUGCUGGGACUGGGCAUGGACCAAAGCGGCCAUAUCGACAACCUGGACCUAAAUCUCAUGGAAACUGCAUAUAUAAACGAUAGCCUUGCUCCCAGUGGUACCUAUGGCUACACCGCUGGCGCUCACUACCGGCUGAAAGGUGCACCAGCAUCUCUUACCAUCGGAGGCGUGGAUCGGGCUCGCUUCUACGACAACAACGCGACAUUCCAUCUCAGCAGAACCGCUGACCCCGUUGUCUCACUGAAUACCAUAUCGAUUUCAUCCGGAACAGAGGCCGGCGAUGGCGCUUACAUAGACGAACAUAUAGCCCCCUCGAACCCGGGAGGUAGCACAUAUUUCACACUUGAUUCCUCAACAAGCUACCUCUGGCUACCCAGUAACGCCUUUGAUGCCUUCGGCGAGGCCUUCAACCUCACCUAUGAUGAUAGUCUAGGAUUUUAUACGUACGGAAAUGACACCUCACACCGGGACGAACUCCUCGCCAUGAAUAUCUCCAUCACACUUUCAAUCUCCGACCUGCCCGACUCAUCGCAAAGUGUCAAUAUAACCCUCCCCUUCCAGGCCUUCGACCACUCCCUCACCUAUCCAUACCCAACCAUACCAUCCGACACCUCCCUCCCAUAUCUCCCCAUCAGACGCGCCACCACAAAUGACGAACAACGUCUCGGCCGAGUCUUCUUCCAAGAAGCAUACCUAGCGGUCGACUACGAGAGAGUCCAGUUCUCACUUUACCAAGCCAAAUUCGACGCCAACCUCGUCGCAUCUCAUACAGACAUCGUUCCGAUCGACUCUUACAUGGACCAAAAAGUCAAAGGUUUGCUAUCCGACAAGCCAAGACUAUCCACAGCUGCAAAAGCAGGGAUCGGCGUUGGCACUGGGACGGGGGCUAUUAUUAUUAUCGCAGGCGCAUACAUGUUUAUAAAGAAGCGGCGGCGGGCUGUGAAGUCCGAGAAAGGCGUCCAACUGUCAGACACCGUGAGUAACUCGGACUGUGUGUCUGAGAAUGGGCCAGGAGAGCUUGAUAGUAGUCGGGAACAUCGGCCUGAAUUGCCUUCGGACUCUUCUUGUGCGAUUUAUGAGCUGCCGGGUUCUGGGAUUGCUGAAUUAGACGCGGGGCCGUCUUCUGUGAGGGGGAGGGAUUAUGCGAUUGCAAGGGAGGAGAAAAGACAUUGCUCGAGACAUUCGGAAACCCGGUCGAGUAUUGCGGCUUCGUUGGCCUCGAGGGUUACUACGGAAAGCUCUGAUGACGAGGAUGUGCCCUCGAAAGGGGAGCAUCGUGAGAGCUCGGGCCCGAGUCCGCCUAAAUAUACACCGUAA